CUAAGUACAGUAGCAGCUGUUUUCAGAUCUAUUUUACCGCCAAGCAGGAAUGCAGGCCCACUGUCGGAUCAUUAUUUAUUCCGAGGCCGGAUUUCUGGCUUUCUUGCGAGAUCUCCUGAUUUUUAAGUAUUUCCAGUCAAAACAAGACUGCCUUCAAAUGCAGCCCACCAGCAGCGGAUUUGCAAACUCUAGCGUAAACACAAGUGGGAGGCUGAUGAGGCGGGUAAUACCUUAGUUAGACAAAGACAGCCGAGAAACAAGGAAUUUUUACGUAAGGCGAGAAUGAGGUUCUCCGCCGUAGGGUUUGGGCUUGAGGGCCGGGACUCCCGGAAAGACGCUGGAAAUAAAUGCUGGGUGGCGUCAAAGCAGAGCAGGGCCAGGCGGCGGGAGGGCGCGCUGCCGUCCCAGUUGUGGCUGGCCACUCCACCCAGCGCUGUUGGGGGUUUCUCAAGCAGCGUCCACACAAUGGUGUAGGGCGGUAGGGGCUGGCCGGGAUGAAGGGGACAACUGGCUGCGCAUCCCCUCACCAGCUCCUUUAGAGCCAAGUGGGCCGCAGGAAAUAACCCAACCCUUUCCCCGCUUCCAGAAGACCCUCCUCCUCCCAGGCAAAGCUUCCCGCUCGGCGAUCUACUUCUUUCCCUACUCAGGCCCCUCCCCGCUUCCCCAGUCCUACGACUUCCGUUUGCCUGGUCUUUUGGGAAACAGCCGACUUCCGGCCUCGCAGCGGUGGGCGGAGCUAAGAUGGCUGAGCAGAGACUCGCGACGAGAACUCAGUUUCCUGCAUCUGCUGAAUCUCUAAAACCCCGGCUGAAAAAAGAGUUUCCUAUUUUGGAGAAGCAGAACUGGUUGAUACAUCUCCACUAUAUCCGGAAGGAUUAUGAAGCAUGCAAGGAUGUUAUCAAAGAACAGCUUCAGGAGACUCAGGGGUUAUGUGAAUAUGCUAUCUAUGUCCAAGCAUUGAUAUUUCGCCUGGAAGGAAAUAUCCAAGAAUCCCUAGAACUCUUUCAGACGUGUGCUGUUCUCAGCCCUCAGUCUGCUGAUAACCUCAAGCAGGUGGCCAGAUCUUUAUUUCUUUUGGGAAAACAUAAAGCUGCCACUGAAGUAUAUAAUGAAGCAGCUAAACUUAACCAGAAAGAUUGGGAGAUCUGUCAUAACCUAGGAGUUUGCUACAUUUACCUGAAACAGUUGGACAAGGCACAAGACCAGUUGCACAAUGCCCUACAUCUUAACAGGCAUGAUCUGACUUACAUAAUGCUGGGCAAGAUCCACUUGCUGGAGGGAGACUUGGACAAGGCCAUCGAAAUCUACAAGAAAGCAGUGGAGUUCUCACCAGAAAAUACAGAACUUCUCACAACUUUAGGAUUACUCUACCUCCAGCUCGGCAUUUACCAGAAGGCAUUUGAACAUCUUGGAAAUGCACUGACUUACGACCCCACCAACUACAAGGCCAUCUUGGCAGCAGGCAGCAUGAUGCAGACCCAUGGGGACUUUGAUGUUGCCCUCACCAAAUACAGAGUUGUAGCCUGUGCUGUUCCAGAAAGUCCUCCACUCUGGAAUAACAUUGGAAUGUGUUUCUUUGGCAAGAAGAAAUACGUGGCAGCUAUCAGCUGCCUGAAACGAGCCAACUACUUGGCACCCUUCGAUUGGAAGAUUCUGUAUAAUUUGGGCCUUGUCCACUUGACUAUGCAGCAGUAUGCAUCAGCCUUCCAUUUUCUCAGUGCAGCCAUCAACUUCCAGCCAAAGAUGGGGGAGCUCUACAUGCUCUUGGCUGUGGCUCUGACCAAUCUGGAAGAUACAGAGAACGCCAGGAGAGCCUACGCAGAAGCAGUCCGCCUGGAUAAGUGUAACCCUUUGGUAAACCUGAACUAUGCUGUGCUGCUGUACAACCAGGGAGAGGAGAGGGGCGCCCUGGCCCAGUACCGGGAGAUGGAGAAGAAAGUCAACCUACUCAAGGACAGUAGCUCUCUGGAAUUUGACCCAGAGAUGGUGGAGAUGGCCCAGAAGUUGGGAGCUGCUCUCCAGGUCGGGGAGGCACUGGUCUGGACUAAACCAGUUAAAGAUCCCAAAUCAAAGCAGCGGACCACUUCAACCAGUAAAGCCGCCAGUUUCCAGCAGCCUCUGGGUUCUAAUCAAGCUCUAGGACAGGCAAUGUCUUCAGCAGCCGCACAUAGGAAGCUCCCCUCAGGUGCCGGAGGAACAUCCCAGCUCACAAAGCCACCAUCUCUUCCUCUGGAGCCAGAGCCCACUGUGGAAGCACAACCAACUGAAGCAUCAGCACAAAUAACAGAAAAAUAGGUGUAGGAUGAACCCAGAGUUGGGGUUU